AUGUUAAAAUUUCAAAAACCUUAAACUUGCUCAAAGCAUUUUAUCUCAUAAAUAAUUGAGCGCUUUGAUUUUUUUGGAAUGCUUCCAUAAUUUAGAAUAUUAAAGAGACAAAAGUUCUCUACACCUUUAGGUUAAGGUCUUACUAUGGUCAUAUGUUCAGCCUAUUUAUAUUACAUUAUACAUGAAAUAUUAGAUUUGACUAAUAGAUAGAGUCCUAGAGUAGUGUUUUCAGAAUUCCAACCCUCGAAUACUUCUGUAAGAAUCAAAAAUAUAAUAAGCCCCUGCAUUUAAGUAAAAAUAACUUUACAUUUGCAGUAACAAUAGCAAAUCUUCAAUUAAGUUCAAUGCAAACUCUAAAUAAAUAUUUUACUUUAAGUGUACAAAAUUGUUUAAGAGAGCGAUCAUUGAAUGAAAAUGGAAUUGCUUAAAUUGAAUACAAGUAAGAUACUUACAAUAUUAUUUAGCUGUACAAAUAUUCCUUUAGAACCAUGUCAAAUGGAUCAACAUUUUUAAGAGUAAUAUUAACAAGAAUAUUUCAAAAACUUUAAGCUUCAAUUUAUGUAUUGUCCUAAAAUAGACUAUUGGGAUGAGUUUGGUUUGGUAUUUUAUGCUACUUAAUCUUAAGUAACUUUAAGGGUAUACUUAAGAUGAUCGAUUUCAAUUUUUGACAGUAACUUUUAGUAUAUGCAAAAAUUCAACUGAUUAUUAAGGUUGUGCAUCUAUGGAAGAAAUAAAUAGUAAUAUGUAAUCUGGAUUUUUUGUAAAAUUAUAUAUUAAACCUAUGUAGGUAUUACAUUUAAGUGAUACAUUAAUUUAGAUGAAUUCUCCAUCAAAACCUUAUGAAGAUGUGAUUUCUAUUUAAUAUACUCAGUUUUCUUUAUAAAAUUCUAAAUCUUUACAUUCAACCUUUAAAGUGACUGAAACUACAACUGAUUAUGGUAUUUUUAGAACAAAUAAUAUUUUGGAUACUGCCUUAUCAUAAUCUACAAUAAAAGAAGAGAGCACAUCAUAUAAUUAAUAGUUUUUAGUAUAAAACUCAAUCUUUUUAGAAUAUAGAAGAAGUUAAUACUAAAGAAAUUAUCUUAAACUUUAUACUUUAUUAGGAUAAAUGGGAGGAUUAUGGUAAAUAACGAUCGUUUUUAUGAAUUGUCUAUUCUAUCCAAUUUUAUUUUCCUCGAUGAAUUUAGCUAUGGCUAACAAGAUAUUUAGAUUUGAAAACUAAGAAUCUCUUGACUUAGACAUAAUGUCAGUAGCUAAAUCUGUUCCUAUAAAUAAAAGUGAUAUAAGAGAAUAUUAAGAUGAUGCUUUAAAAUCAGAAAAUUUAUAAGCGAGAAAAUCUUUUGCUGAAUUCUCUAAAACAUAGCAUGAAAUCAAAAAGUUUUUAAGAAAAAAAAAAUGUUCAUUAAAUUUUACAUUACUUGAUAAUAUUAAAUUUCAACUUGGUUGUAAAAAAGAUAAGUAAAGAUAAUUAAAAUAUGCAAUGAAUAAAAUAAUUAAUAAAUUAGAUAUUUGUUAAUUGAUAAGUAAAUUUAAUGAAUUAGAUAAAUUGAAACAUAUUUUAUUGAACAAAGAUUAAUUAGCUUUGUUUAAUUAUCUUCCAAAACCUAUGAUACCUUAUGAUAUGUUUGAUGAUAAUUUUGAAAAAAAGAUUAAAGAAUUAGAAAAAAAAUAAGAGUAUAAAUUUAUAUUAGAAAAUGAGAAACCAGAUGUACUUAGAUUAGAUGAUGCUUAUGAGGCUUAUUCAAGAUUAAUAAAGAAAUAAGAACUAUCUACAAUAGAUGAAGCUAUCAUAUAAUUUAUGGAUGAUGAUAUAAGGAGAUUGUUUUCUAGAAUAUAUUCCAAUUAAUUAGAAAUGAUAUGUUAAAAUCUAUAAUCAUCAUAAGUGUUUAUGAAAAAUAAUACUGAAAGAGUAGAAAUUUAGGAUGAACCUCAUAUACAAUUAGUAUUUGGUAGUAUUACAAGCAGAUAGUAUUGA